AUGCCCAACAGUCGCCCCAAACAUCCCAAACAUCGCGUGUUGGGUAAGCAGGUUAAAGGGAGUGAUCCCACAACGCCUGCAAAGACUGGAACGUCCGACCCAUCUCCCACCUUGACGACAAGUCGUCUGAGGAAGAUCCGGAACACUGAGGAGUAUGCUCUGCUGAAAGCCAGGUUCCAGGCUCUGUUUGUGUGGCCUGCUCUCGUCUCUACGAUACUCCCGGAGUUUGACAGGAAGGAUUUCUCCCAGAAGGCCAAGACCAUCACUGCAGGGGAGGAGGAGGUGGAGAACCUCCCCCGAGUCAAGACUAAGGGGUACCCCCUGAGUCGGGGCAGCAGGUUCUACAGAAAGCAGGUGAUGUCCAGAUCUCAAAAACAAGGUUCAGCCAAGAAGAGCAGAGGCAGUCAGAACCAGUCUGAUGAACAAGUUGACACCCAGUCCACACCAGUUCAGUCCAGCUUAGACCAGCCAGUACCAUCUGGAUCAGGUGAAGCUGAUUUAGACAUCACAAGUGACAGCAUUGGUACUCCCAGAGGAAGAGGCAGACCUAGGGGGAAGAUGAAACGGAAAGUUGUAGAAGCACCGACUCGAUCACUCCGAGAGAGGAAGGAGAAGAGUCCCCCUGAGAAGAAAAUUAAGAAAGAGAAAGGGGAGAACUCCAUCCGGAGAGUUUCCACAAAACGUGCAAUCCUGGCCCGAAAACUCCGACAGUCGAUGCUGGAUUCCGUGGCGGCCAUGGAAGCAGGACUGAGACCAGACCCAGCACAAGAUAUAACAGGUGCCCUAACAGGUGCCCUAACAGGUGCCAACUCAACAGGCAGUGGUGGGCUUGUCACAAAAACUGAAAAGUCUUCCACAGAUCUGUCAGAGACCUAUACAGUUGUUCUUCCUCCCAAUUUAGAAUGUCUUCCCUCCACAAGUUCUGAAACAACAAGACUGGGACCACUGGGAAGUACAGUGUUGGGCCCUAUCAACCCGACUGCUAGUUUCGGAGGGGCAGCAGUGUCAGGUGUUGAUAUCCCAUCACAGCUGAACACAGUCAGCAUGCCACAGCCUGGUGGUAUUCCUAGUCAAGCAAUUCCCAUGAUCCUCAGUUACAUAAAGGGCGAGGAUGGUACGAUGAUCCCGGUACUGAAUCACGUCAGUGUUGUGCCUAAUGUUGAGUCAAAUCCACUCAGUCUUCCCAAGAUCAAAAUCCAGUCACCAGAAGGUUCUGUGUCACCUGGACCUUCAGGGCAGUCCGACUCAGAGACGGCUAAAACUAAAUCUACAUCAUGAUGGAAGGACCUACAGUGGGGAUGUUGUUCUUUGGUCUGUCAGUCAGUUUCACAGUAUAUAUAUUGUGUAUUUUACAAAGGAAUCUGGUCCUGUUUUAGUCAAUUGAUGUUCUCUCCUGACAAAUCUUGUUUUUGAGUGAUCUCUUCAAAAACAAGUGCGAAGUUGUCCCAGGAGCAAAAACCAAGUGAGGCCACAGAACAUAUUUUUUUAGUUUGACUUAUUUCUCAAGUAUGAAUUCAUAUGAAGCAAUGAUUUUGUUAUUAGCAGAAUUGGUAACUGAAACAUGCAUGUGUGAUAACCAUGGUUAAGUUUUGUUAUCUGUUAUCAAUGCAAAUACAUGUUUGACAAAGAAUGUGUGGAUUUGUGUUUUGGUUUGUACAUACAAGCUAAUGUAACAUUUAUAAGUACAUUUAAACUGAAGUUCAAUCAU